AUGUCUCCCAAAUUCGCCAAAGACCAGCCGACUGGAUUCGUUAAUCGUGUUGAGAAAGUCGCCAUCGUUGGGGCUGGCGGUAGUAUUGGCUCUUACUUCACCAAAUCGCUUCUCGCGACCGGAAAGCAUCAGGUCACCGCAUUGGCGCGUGCUGGGAGCUCGGCAAAGCUAGCGGAAGGAGUGCAUCGGGUCACCAUCGACUACAACAACGAAUCUACUCUCGUGGAGGCUCUCAAAGGCCAGGACUUCCUCGUCAUCACCCUCGGAAUUGGUGCCAGACUGGACGGCAGCAACGCAGAGGCCAAACUCGUCAAUGCAGCUGCGACAGCUGGCGUGCCUUAUGUUAUGCCCAACGCUUAUGGCCCAGACCCGCUCAACGCCAAUCUGGUCGGCGACACUUUCACAUCUACAAGGGAUGUUGUUGAAAAGUUGGGCGUCAGCAGCUGGAUUGCGCUGUCUACUGGCUUCUGGUACGAGUGGUCAGUCGCCUGUGAGGGCUAUGACCGUUUCGGAAUUGACUUUGAUUCGCGCACCGUAACAUUCUUCGACGACGGGAAGGAGGUCGUAACAACCUCGACUUGGGAGCAGUGUGGUCGGGCUCUGGCGAGCUUACUCAGUCUCAAGAGGCUUCCUGACAACGAAAAUGACAACGCCCCGACUGUUGACAUGUGGGCCAACAAGGUUGCCUACAUCUCCAGUUUCAACGUCAGCCAGAAGGACAUGUUUGAAUCAGCUAAACGCGUCACGGGGACCUCUGAUAAGGACUGGACAGUCGCGUAUGUCAAGUCGGAGACGCGGUAUAAGGAGAGUGUGGAGGCAAUGAAGAAGGGCGACAUGGCUGCUUUCGUGCGGCAGCUUUACACCCGCGUGUUCUUCCCGACUGGCGAGGGGGACCAUUCUAGGCAUGGGUUGGCGAACGCGGCGUUGGGUCUUCCUGAGGAGAACAUUGACGAGGCGACGAAAGAGAGCUUGCGGCUAGUUAGGACUGGUGUGUUGAGCUACGCAACUCGUAGAUAG